AUGACCGUAGUUGCUAGUUAUGGAAUGGUGCUCUGUGGCAACUCGGAUAACGUGCAACGGCGGUAUCGCAGUCGAAUCGAGAAGGUGAAAUUCGGGGUGCCGAUCAAUGAGGCGUUCACCCACGACAUCCCCGCCACCCUACUCGUCCUAUUGCUCAAGGUGAACAAAGAGGGGCCGCCAAAGAAGGACAUAUGGCGAGCUCCCGGAAAUCAGGCUCAGGUCCGCAAACUGUCCAACAUCAUGCAACACGGCCGGCUCGUGAACAUUGCCAAUUUCUCCGUCUACACGGCGGCCAGCGUCAUCAAGAAGUUCCUCUCCAAGCUGCCCGGUGGAAUUUUUGGUAUCGAAAAUGAGCAGCUGCUCUUUAACAGCGUCAGCAACUCGGACCCCGACAAGCAGCGCCAGGUGUUCUGCAGCAUAUUCUCCCGCCUGCCGUUGCCAUCGCAACAUCUCCUCGUUUUGCUGUUCGGCACCUUUCGGAUGGUGGCCGACGGAGCCGCGGAGUAUGGGACAAAGAUGACCCCCGAAGCGAUCGGCAUCUCCGUCGCGCCCUCCCUCUUCCACUCCUGCAUCCACGAGGGCCAAAAGGUCAAAGUGGAAGACGUCGAGCGGUUCAAGCUCGCCAGCCAGGUCGUCUCCAACAUCGUCAAGUCGUUCGGGCACACGACGUUAUUCCCCAGGGAAUGCUACGAGUUCUACGCGCGGAUAACGGGCCGCACGCUGCGCUACGACCAAAACGCCGCCUGGGUGUUCACCUUCCAGUAUCCGUCAAUUGGCGAAGGCCAGUACGCGCCGGAUAUCGUCAGCGGCGCCUACCGCGCCGCCGCCAUGGGCUCGUUGCAC